UUCGAAUAGGCCAUGGACUUGCGAUCUUUCUAAACAUGGCGGUUGAUCGCAACUUCGUAACUUUUGUCUUACGAUCAUUCGCGAUGAAGUCCCUUAGUUCGUCAGGAACUUUGCGAGCUGCUGGCUUGUGGUCAUCAACUGUCCGCGCCAGUAUGUGCAUGUGAAUAGGAUCAAUGAAGAAUAUUGGCCGACGAAAGAGACUGGAUAUUCGAAAUACACAACCAUCGGCGAAGCGAAAAUGUCUGCGCUGGGACAGCUGGGUGUUACGCAGUUGUUGGUUGUCACCGAUCCCCGAGCGAGGCGAAAGGCGAACUUCAGCCGCGCCGAAAUCGACGCGUUGGUAUCGGGAUACAAGACGUACAGACCUCUGAUUGAGCGGCGAUGUACAGGCGGCUCCAAAGACAGAAAUCAGGCUUGGGACUUGAUAACCAAGUCCCUGUUUGCUGUUUCUGGUGUUCGCCGGACAGCGGCAGAAGUCAGAAAGAAAUGGGCGGACUUGAAGUCAUUAAGCAAGAAAGGCGCCAACUGUGGUGUUACUGCUGGGAACCUUCUUGCUGAGGCUUCGUUAUUCAAUAAUCUCAACGAAUUUGUAAUAGGGAUGCCCAUCGAAGAUUGCUUGCUCGGCAGCAGCACAGAAGCCCCAAGUAGCACAGGAACUGAAGAGCCAAGCGAUAACUUGAAUUCUAAUGCAGAUGUCAAGGCAGAGCCUCCCAGCUCCCCAGGAGAGGUGUCCUGUGAUAACAAAUCAAAUGAUCCAGAGCCAGAACAUGAAGAUGAAGUUCCAUGCAAUAGCAGGUCAACCCAGACAACUGAGCCAAGCUCACCGAGUGAAAGUUGGAUCCUCAUAGACAGAUGCGGGAAACACUUCGGAACCAUCCUGAACUUUCUGCGAGACGGUUCGGUGCCGCUUCCAGAGUCGACGAGGGAGAUUGCGGAGCUAUUGGCCGAAGCCAAAUACUACCUCAUCCAGGCGCUCGUCGAAAGUUGCGAAGCCGCCCUGCAGAAGAAAGAGAGCCCACAAGAGCCGAUUUGCAGAGUCCCACUUAUCACAAACGAAAAAGAAGGAAACCUACUAAUAAGCACUUCGACUAAGCCUUUGGUCAAGCUGCUUAUCAACAGACAUAACAACAAGUAUUCCUAUACCAGCACGUCGGACGACAAUCUCCUCAAGAAUGUGGAAAUGUUUGACCGGCUGUCGCUGCGGUUCUGCAGCCGUGUCCUGUUUAUAAAGGAUGUGAUAGGUAGCAAUGAGAUCUGCUGCUGGACAUUCUAUGGCCAUGGCAAAAAAGUUGCCGAGGUCUGCUGCACAUCCAUAGUCUACGCAACAGACAAGAAGCACACCAAAGUUGAGUUCCCCGAAGCUCGCAUAUAUGAGGAGACCCUCAACAUCCUUCUCUACGAAAACCGCAAUGGCCCAGACCCGGAACUGAUGCAGGCAACGAGCACACGAGGCGCCGUCGCCCGCGCCACCACCUGCUACACGAGCGACGACGAGGACGAGCGGCGCGCGCCAGUAGGCUCCUGCAGCGGCUGCGCCAGUGCGCGCGAUUCCCGGGAGUCGUGCCACCUGGGCCGUAUACGAAGCACCAAGCAGAGUAGCUGAGGUAGCCUCUGUGUCGCUGCCUUACUCCUUCGCGGAAUCUCGCCGGCGGGGGCAAGGUACCGGCAGCUGUCAUGCGGUCGCUGCAAGCCGAGCUUGGCUUCUUUCUGCUGUCCCUACAUGGACCUUGCUUAGCACAGAAAGAGAUGAUUCACAUGGCGUUUGUUUGUGGGUGACCACCCAGUAGGUACAGGGCACAGAUGAUCCUGUAUCCAUCUCCAUUCGUGCCUGUGCCCUGUUUCGUCUGGCCUUCAAUAUUGAGCGGUUAAUGAUGCUGGCUCUGUUUCCACAGAGGCGAGUUCUGCCCCCAAGAGUUGUUUGUGGCCACCUUUUAGUGAAGGAUGCGAGUGGCUAGUAAUUCUUGUGCCAUGUGAGCAUGUGAUCAGUGGAAGCUGUAUUGUGUGCCGGGCGCACUUGUUUGUGGUUUUGCUCUUGUUGGAAGUUUGUGCGAGUUAUCAAGUGAGUAGUACAUGUAAGAGGACUGCGUAAGUUCCGAAGUUUCUUGAACAACACACCUCCCUCCCCAGCACCUCUAUUCAGCUACCACCAAAGCCAAGUUGUUCAGAAACAAUAUUGUAUACAUAGAGCUGGGUGCCCACCUGCUCAGUUUUCAUCAACAUUUGUGCUGGACAUCACUACGAAAAUUGCUAAACCACUACGUAUGUAACCUUGUGGUGUACUAAAGACAGGAGACAAGUUGAAUCUCGGUUUUAGGGGGCGGACCUUUGGUGAGCUGGUGCGGUUUGGUAUUUGUUGUUCCUUUUGCUACAGUUUUGUCUUCUGGAGCUGGCAUGUUUUUUUUUUUUUUUUCCCCUUUGGGUCUUUGGAUCUGUCUGCAACAUGUGGGCAAGAAUCGAGUGGACUUAGGAAGAAUUGCGAGGUGGUAUGUCUCGACUUCAAACUGGAUUUUGUGCUGCGCAAAACUCUGCUUGGGAACCAGAGGGCAGAGGUGUCAUCUACAGCAAGAGCCACUGUUGAAGGGAAUGUGCAUGGCUCACACUUUCAGAAGCACUGUCAAAGCUUUCGCAGUGCUUAGACAGUGCUGCCUACAGUGCCUAGCAGAAGCACUGUCAAAGCGCUGCACAGAUCAUUGUACAAGAACCAGCGACACUUAUUGCGAGUCGUUUGUGCCAAAGCUGGCCACUUCCAGACUUGCCAAAGAGGGAAAUUUGCUCAUUCCCCAUGCUCCCAUGUUCCCUUCAGCAAUGGACUGCACUGUAAAUGUUUUGUGAUUCACUAAAUGAGCAUUCUCAAUAGUUUUGUGAAACUGUAAUGCGAUACAAAGUGUGGUCAGUGUGUGUCUACCUGCAGGUGGUCGGAAUGAAUAUUGUCAACAUGUAGCUGUUCAGAAACCGGUAUGUGUGACAGCAAAGUUGUUGCUGCAAGAAAGGACUGUGUGUUGGUGGUGGUGCCGUACUGUGUUACUUUACACAUUAUGUAUGAUCAGAAGAAUAAUUGAAGCUGUCUUCCUGGAUAUCUUAGUCACCUAGUUAUGCACGAAAAGGCUGUUUAGACUCCUCUGUUUCUGUUUCAACCACUUUGUCAAAUGUGCACAAAUUGUUUGUGUUGGCGUAGUUGGCAGAUGCAGCUUACACUGUUGUAGUUAGAGUGAAUUUUUAUUGAACUUUACUAUUUAUUUCUCCUUGCAUUAUCUAAAUUCAUUGCACUCAAGUGACAAAUCCUCUUAUAAUAAUGUAAGACCCUGUUGAUGCGACUGUCAUCAAAAAAAAUUGACGCUUUAUUCCAUGUACAUGGCACUGAGUUGCUGAAAGGUUGCUGAAACAGUCGCUGAAAGGUUGCGCUUCUUGCUGGAUUGUCAUUGUUAAAGCACAAAUGCUGAAAAUGUUAGUACAUGCUGCAUCACACUUGUCUGGAGCACAUGGACAGUAUACUUCUGCAUGCAUCACUGGUGCUCAGCAGCGACUUUGGGCACCAGACAUGAUGUCACUAAGCAUGCAGUGCCAUUGGAAAAAUGUUUCACUCCUUACUUUUUUUCAUAAAGCUAUCACAAGCUCAGAAAGUGCUGGUAAAUGUGUCCAUCUCACCCCAAAGCGCUCCAGUCACAUUGUCUAGGCAGGAGUCCAUAGCACUUGAGUUGUGCUUCAAUCAGCUACAGGCUUAUUCUUUACUUUUUGAGGCAAAAGUGCCCAAUAUGAUAUAUAACGCCAUCAUCUAGUACUAACAAAAAAAUUUAUCUGCAGGCUUUCAAGCACACAGCGAGCUGCUGUGAGCACUGCUUUCCCCCUGUAAGCUGAUGACCCUGUAGAAUAGUCAACCAUUGUAGCCUGCCCGGUUGUGGAACUCCUCUAUGACAAGUGAUGCUUGUAUUGGGCCCACGGUCCGAUUAAUUUAUGCAUGCCUUAUUGCACUGGUCAAGUGCGGCAGCUGAGUUAAUACAGUUUCAAUCGAGGAAGCAGGUACAUUGAGCCUGCAACAUUUGAGCCUAAACAAUUUGUUCUUUCAAUGACUGGCAGCAGGGAAGGCUUUCAAGGUCAUCUGUUAGUUUUACUUUGCCUUUUUUCUGUGUGUGUGGUAUGCUGAAUGGUAAUGCAAGCUCCAAUCAAGGCUUUGAUUUCACACAACCAUACCCUUUCAACUCUUUACAUUUCAGUUUGAACACCUGUUUAAGAGUUGCAGCAGAAGCUGGCUCUCUUGUAGAGUUUUUUGAGCAAGUGCUUGCAUGCCUGCACCAGCUCAGCAAGCACUAUUGAGACAUAUGUGGAGCUCAUGUUCAAAAGAUGUAUAGAAGUGUCGUGAUGUGGCCUGGGGCUUGCAUCUCAUUGUGGCAUUUGUGUUGUGUGUAUUGAAGUGUGUGAUCAAUGAUGCUGUUGGCUGCGUGAAAUGAAAUGUAAUGCUCAUA